AUGGGUGGAAGGGUCAGCGUUUUGACCACACUGGAGCGAAGGUUCAACCUGCAGAGCGCCGACGUGGGCGUGAUUGCCAGCAGCUUUGAGAUUGGAAACUUGGCGCUCAUCCUUUUCGUGAGCUACUUUGGGGCCCGCGGACACAGGCCACGCCUCAUCGGCUGUGGAGGCAUUGUCAUGGCGCUGGGCGCGCUGCUCUCUGCACUGCCUGAGUUCCUGACGCACCAGUACAAGUAUGAGGCGGGUGAGAUCCGCUGGGGCGCUGAGGGACGUGAUGUGUGCGCCGCCAACGGCUCGGGUGGCGGUGAGGGCCCAGACCCGGAUCUGAUCUGCCGGAAUCGGACUGCCACCAACAUGAUGUAUUUGCUGCUCAUUGGGGCCCAGGUGCUCCUGGGCAUCGGUGCUACCCCUGUGCAGCCUCUGGGGGUCUCUUACAUCGACGACCACGUGCGCAGGAAGGACUCCUCACUCUACAUAGGAAUCCUGUUCACAAUGCUGGUAUUUGGACCAGCCUGCGGAUUUAUCCUGGGCUCUUUCUGUACCAAAAUCUAUGUGGAUGCGGUCUUCAUUGACACAAGUAACCUGGACAUCACACCGGACGACCCUCGCUGGAUCGGAGCCUGGUGGGGUGGCUUUCUGCUCUGCGGUGCCUUACUCUUCUUCUCCUCCCUCUUGAUGUUCGGGUUUCCACAGUCCCUGCCCCCGCACUCAGACCCUGCCAUGGAGAGUGAGCAGGCCAUGCUCCCUGAAAGAGAAUACGAGAGACCCAAGCCCAGCAAUGGGGUCUUGAGGCACCCCCUGGAGCUGGACAGCAGUGCCUCCUGCUUCCAACAGCUAAGAGUGAUCCCAAAAGUCACCAAGCAUCUGCUCUCAAACCCCGUGUUCACCUGCAUCAUUCUGGCUGCCUGCAUGGAGAUUGCAGUAGUGGCCGGCUUCGCUGCCUUCUUGGGGAAGUACCUGGAACAGCAGUUUAACCUCACCACCUCUUCUGCCAACCAGCUGCUCGGGAUGACUGCAAUCCCGUGCGCCUGUCUGGGAAUCUUCCUGGGCGGUCUCCUGGUGAAGAAGCUCAGCCUGUCUGCACUUGGGGCCAUUCGGAUGGCCAUGCUCGUUAACCUGGUGUCCACAGCUUGCUACGUCUCCUUCCUCUUCCUGGGCUGUGACACGGGCCCUGUGGCUGGGGUUACUGUUCCCUAUGGAAACAACUCAGCACCUGGCUCAGCCCUGGACCCCUACUCGCCCUGCAAUAAGAACUGUGAAUGCCAAACCGACUCCUUCACUCCAGUGUGUGGGGCAGAUGGGAUCACCUACCUGUCUGCCUGCUUUGCUGGCUGCAACAGCACGAAUCUCACCGGCUGUGCAUGCCUCACCACCGUCCCCCCUGAGAAUGCAACCGUGGUGCCUGGGAAAUGCCCUAGCCCUGGGUGCCAGGAGGCCUUCCUCACCUUCCUCUGCGUGAUGUGUGUCUGCAGCAUGAUUGGCGCGAUGGCACAGACACCCUCGGUCAUUAUCCUCAUCAGGACAGUAAGCCCUGAACUCAAGUCUUACGCCCUGGGAGUUCUUUUUCUUCUCCUUCGUUUAUUGGGCUUCAUCCCACCACCCCUCAUCUUCGGAGCUGGCAUUGACUCCACCUGCCUGUUUUGGAGCACGUUCUGUGGGGAGCAGGGCGCCUGCGUCCUCUAUGACAACGUGGUCUACCGAUACCUGUACGUCAGCAUCGCCAUUGCGCUCAAGUCCUUUGCUUUCCUCCUCUACACCACCACGUGGCAGUGCCUGAGGAAAAACUAUAAACGAUACAUCAAAAACCACGAGGGCGGGCUGAGCACCAGCACAGAGUACCAAGACAUUGAGACCGAGAAAACCUGCCCCGAGUCACACUCACCUUCAGAAGACUCCUUUGUGAGAAGCUGAGGGACUGGCCCCCUCCUCUUCCUGCAGAGAACAGCCCACCACGGCCCACAGACCUCGCUGGCCUGACUUAAUGUGCUCUGCCCUGCCCAAGAACCCAGGGGUCUCCCGUGUGGAUUAUCCGGCCAGUGUGCAGUCCUCUGAGGCCCAAGCCCAGGCCUGUGAUGAGGACUCGCCAGGUGAUUUGUGGUCAGGAGUCCUCUAAAUAACCUCAGAGUAGGCAAUUUUCCUGGGAAUCUAAAAAGCAGUGUUGACCUGGUGUGCAAAUUCCCUCCUGCCCAUCCCUCCUGUGGCUCCCGGGGUGACGGCUUGCUGAUGUGCUUUAGAAACACCCUCUUUGGAAUGCUUCUCUGACCCAGAGUUCUGACAGCUCUUCCAAAAUCAGCCAAGGUUGGGUUUUUAAGAGGAGGGGAUAAAAAAAUCACCCUUUCCACUGACUGGAGGGGAAAAAACAAAACAGAACAAAACAAAAAAACACAUACUCAAUAGAUUUUGAGUGUGGUAUUCUGUAGUUUUGCAGCUUAUAUUUUCCAGAUGAGCAGUUUAGAAAUAUGUGAUGUAAAGUACAUCCUGUACGUUUGCUGAAAAUUAUAUUAAAAUCACUAUUUUAAUUCUU